AUGUGUCCAGCUCAAGCUAUUACUAUUGAAGCUGAUGAGAGAGAAGAUGGGAGCUAUAGAACAACGAGGUAUGAUAUUGACAUGUCAAAGUGUAUCUACUGUGGAUUUUGCCAAGAAGCAUUCCCUGUUGAUGCCAUUGUUGAAGGGCCCAACUUUGAGUUUUCCAUCGAGACUCAUGAGGUUGGUUCAGUGCCAGAUCUUAUAGAGCAAAUUCAUAGAACAACUUCAAGAUUACUUCUUCACAUUAAGUCGAUGACAGAGAAUAGCUUUGGAGUUAGAAGAGGAAAAGAGAGAUCAAGUUGA